AUGGCAUCCAGUCUCGCUUCCACUACAGACUCGUGUGAGGGUAAUUUCACCCCAACAUCUUCUCAGGAUGGCAGCCAGGCUGAAUCCUCCCGAAACUACCACCGAUCAUCCUCGACGGGAGCGCAAGUGACACCGACGAAACUAUCUUCCCCGAGACAAAACAUGCAAAGCCUUGGCCACUCUGAAAGCUCGACUCCUCUUUAUAUACCUUCUACCUAUGCAAGUCUACAUACUGCUACACCUAGUCCAAGACGUAUUAUUGUUCCAGUUUCUCGCAAAAAAGACUCGUCAAGCGGAUCGCCUACAGCUUCCACUACUUUUGUGGACCGAGAUGACUUCGGAAAUUCUCGAAAGGAAGUUCCGCCGCUAUCUUCUUCCCCCCUAGGAGGGGGUUCAACCAGAGACACCUCCGAGACGCCGCCGAAGACACCUGAAAUCGAAGCAGACGAGAGCGAGUCUGAACGCAGUUCUGAUGCUGAUGAUGAACUAUAUGAUGUCCGCCAAGAAUCUCUCCCUUCGGCGCCUAUCUAUGACCAGCGUCUACAAACCGGCCUCAAGGAUGUGAAGAGCCACUUAGCAGAUCUGGUGCAUGCAAUGGGAGCCUCUGGUCUAGCCCAUGAUCCAAACUCUAGCUUGCACAAAUUACGCAGUGAUACCAAGAAGAUAAGCGAGUUUCAAUACCCAGAAAGACGAACUGUUGGGUUUAUUGGCGAUUCUGGAGUUGGGAAGAGCUCUGUGAUAAACUGUCUUCUGGACCAAAUCAACUUGGCAAGAUCGAGUGGCGAAGGAUCUGCUUGCACCUGUGUAGUUACCGAGUUCCGAAACGUGGAUGACGAUCACCAAGAACCAUAUACAGUUGAAGCCGAUUACAUGAACGCCGAAGAAAGGAGCGAGCUUCUUCAAGAACUUCUACGGAGCGUUAGACAGUUUUAUACAUCAGCGUAUCAGGAUGUCACCUCAACUCAAGAGCAACAGCAACUUAGAGAUUCGGCGAUUAAAGCACUUAAGACUCUUCAAACAAUUUUCCAGAAUCAACCAGACAUGGGAAUUGAGUUUCUUGCUAAUGAAGAGGACGGUGCUGAAGGUACCAUUCGAGCACAGCUUGAAGAAUGGACCGAUGCCGAACUAGCUAAAAAGCCCGGCGGGCUAAAUACCAUGCGUUACAUGAAGCUCGCAAGGAACUUGGAAGAGUGCAGAGAGAAUCUUGAUUUUCUCACAGCAGAUUCGUUCGAUGAUGAGCGACCAGUGCUAUGGCCUUUCAUUAAGAUUAUAAGGGUUUACCUCGACUCCUCGAUACUGCGGACCGGUCUAGUGCUAGCCGACCUGCCAGGCCUACGAGAUCUCAAUUUUGCCAGAGAUGUUUCACUCGAAGAGUCAACUCGCGAGCAGGGCCCGGCUGCUCGAAUUGUGCAACAGUUCAACCAAAGAGCCACAGAGCUGAAGAAUAGCAUCAGACAAGCUAAGAGACGAAUAGUGAAGGCAGUUUCAAGAGAUCAAGGAAGAAACGCGCUCCGACUAUAUGAUCUCGAGCGCCAAGAAAGUGAACUCAAGCUAGAAAUCCAAGUGUUUCUGAUAAAUCGGCGCAACGAGAACGCGAGACGCCAGCUCGCUGACAAGUACAAUGACAUCCAGGUCUUCUGUUUAGUCCCAGCGGAGGCUGGGCUACGUGCAACACGGGCAUUUCUGACCCACCAAGUUCCAGCACUCCUGGGCUCUAUUCGCCAAUGGGUACUUGCGGGGUCUGAUACAAUUACGACGGAGAGAGCAGCUACGCUCAGUCGCGCUUUGGAAGAUGUGGAAGUGACUCUCCAUAAUGAGCUGGUCACACACCAAUCAGAAGUGCGUCGUUUUGAAGAAACAUUGCACAACUCAUUUCGUCAGUAUAUCUUCCAUAUCAUCUCUACUUCUAGAUCCGAGUGGAUGCAUAACUGUCUCAGUGUGAGCGGACGAUGGUCAUCUUGGCAUCAUAGUACAUAUGCUGCGUUCUGUCGCCAAAAUGGAACCCAUGGUACCAAAGCAGCUGGCGGGUUCCAUUGCUGGAACGAUGAACUGGUUCAAAAGCCCCGACAGGAUCUCAGUCCGGGAUGGGAAACGAUUAACGCUUGGGUAGAACCACAGGCUGAUAUACUGUCAGAGGUAAUCAUAUCGGUUUUCAACAGUGUCUGUAGGAAACUACGCCGUAAGACUCCCUGGAGUAUUGACAACUUUAGUGACAGGAAUACAACGAACCAGACACUGACAGACUCUUUAGAACAUGUCUCGUUGGCCCCCCAAGCCAUGCAUAAUUUUCUGGACAAUAUGGAGUUCCGCCAGAGCUGUAUCAUAGAUCAUGUCCAGGAUUCUAUCAGCAAGAUUAUUGAGGACACAUGGAAAAUGAGACGCGACAUGCUUGAAGGCCACGACAGCUCCUAUAUUGGAGAUCUGAUGCGCCCAGUCUAUGCAGCCUGUAGUAUGGAAGGAGGGACCGGAAGUGACAUGAGACGUAAAGAAAUCAUGAGAAACCACCUGAGAGACCCAUGCCUAUUUGGAAUUUACCUGAAUCGUGCCAAGGUGGACUAUACCAAGGCUGUUUCUGAGCAUCUGCGCUUUCUCCGACAAAAGAUUCUCGAGCAAGUUGAAGACAUAAAACGAGACUCUCACACUGUGGUUGCACCGGACAACGAGGCUGCUGAAGCAGAUCGAGCCCCCGAAGUGGCUCGAGAGCUUAAUUCUAGACUCACCAUUGCAUCGAGCGUCCUGGAAGCCACACAAACAGUAUUGCAAGAACAGGUUAGCCCGCUGCACAUGUGA